UUAUACCCUCUCGUAACCUUAGCACGUGUAAGAUAAGAAACGGACCUCAGAUCAGUUCACGCACUGGGGCCUCGUACCACAAACCAAAUCGGGACGAUAGAGGAAAUCGUGUUCCUCGCCACUCCGUACACACGCCAGUAGAAUUCACUGAACAUAGGCUACGGAGAGAAAGAACGGUAACAGAAAAUAGGAGCAAGAAGUAAACGAAAGGGCUUGAAUAUUUAAGGAAAUAUUUAUUGGAAUAUAUUUAACCAGUGGUUUAGAAAGAAAAAGACAUUCAAAUAAUUUCCCAACAUUUUCAAUAUUCGGCGGAGAAAGAGGUUAGCUAGCUACUGGUAGCGGAAUGUGUAGCUAGCUAAUUAUCGCUAGCAAGGAAUUGGCAUUUUUGUGUUUCGCUAGCUACUUCGUUUACGUAUUUUAUUGUGACCGUAUUUUUCUGAAGGUAGUAGCUAAUCGUGUGAAAUGUGCGCGAGCUACACAUGGCCAUGAUGUUGUGUCUUGAUUAGACAAUAACAAUCUAGCCGUGAAAUACAUUAUUUGGACGAGAAGACAACCAUUAAAGGAAUAGCAUUUCGUAUCCCAGACCAGGAGGACUCGAAGCAAAGGAAAGAAGUCGGAGGUAAAACGUAAAAUAACGCUACUUUUGAAGUGGUGACUGCCUGCCGUCCAAUGUUAAUGUCGACCGACGUCGCAUCCAUAAUGCUACCCGUUACUCGGGGAAUGAUGGACCGGGAAAGGGACAUUGAUACAGCAACCGGACCACACGCAAACACGACCGGGAGUCCAGCAGCAGUAGUGCGGGGCAUGAAACGAGGGGAUCCGGAGCCCGACGGACAAACAGCUGCAGCUUUGACCGAAUUAGCGGGAGCUGAGUGCAAACGGCCAAGGAUAGACGGGGCUGUGGGUGUUGGGGACGUUGGACAGAACAACGACCCUUUAACACCAGGUUUCCUUGGAUACCCACCUCACAACCAGGGUUCUCAGGAGUCCCCGGGCAGCCAGGAGGGGCUGGUUCCCCCACCCUUCUCAGCCUUCCCCCCUCCUCCACAGAACGGCCUGGGGACAGAGUUCAGCGGGGCGUUGUUUGGUGCAGGUGGGCAGGGCCCGACAGAGUCCGGGGCCGGGACAAAUGGCUCCCCCACGGCUCCCAGCAGCACCCCCACCACAACAGAAGGGUCCCCCGGUCAGGUGGAAGGAGUCGGGCAGUGUGGGGCUGUUGGAGUAUCCGGGACCGACGCCUCAGAAGCCAAAGGAACCCCAAAACGACUUCACGUCUCCAACAUACCCUUCCGCUUCCGAGACCCUGACCUCAGGCAGAUGUUUGGGCAAUUUGGGAAGAUUCUUGACGUUGAAAUCAUUUUCAAUGAAAGGGGCUCAAAGGGCUUUGGUUUUGUCACCUUUGAGACCAGCGCUGAUGCGGAGAAAGCCCGGGAAAGGCUUCACGGCACCUUAGUGGAAGGUCGCAAGAUCGAGGUUAACAACGCCACAGCCAGGGUGAUGACCAAUAAGAAGAUGGUCAGCCCCUACCCCAACGGAGAGGCCCUUAGCACCCUGCCAUAUGCUGGGUGGAAGUUAAGCCCAAUGGUGCAGGCCAUGUACGGACCAGAGCUCUAUGCAGUCCCAGGGUUCCCCUACCCGACUGCGGCGGCGGCGGCCUCUACGGCGGCAGCGUUCCGCGGCGCCCACCUCAGGGGGCGGGGCCGGCCCGUGUACAGCGCCGUCCGUGCGGCCGUCCCCCAGCCGGCCCUUCCUGCCUACCCCGGUGUGGUGUAUCAGGAUGGUGGGUUUUAUGGAGCUGCCGACUUAUACGGGGCCUACCCUGCCGCCGCCUACCGCUACGCUCAGCCUGCCGCCGUAACCGGAGCAACCGCUGCCGCCGCCGCUGCUGCCGCUUACAGUGACAGUUACGGACGGGUGUACACCACAGACCCCUACCAUGCUCUAGGUCCGGCAGCGGCUGCCUAUGGAGUUGGUGCCAUGGUAAGAGCAACCCAACCUCAACACUACAACAACAGGCAACUGGAAACUGAAUUGUCUUCACUUUAUGCUAGUCUAUAUCGGGCUGGGUACAGUCGGUUUGCUCCUUACUAAACGACACUCUCGGAGCGCCGCGUCUCCGAGCCCUUUUUCCAGCUCUGCAUUUGGGAAGAGCUCCCCUCCAUUUUAUGUGGGCGGCGGUUCAAACAUACCCAGGUGUUCUAGAAAAAGGUCAUCCAAUCAAGAUCAACUCAACUGUAACUCCGCCUGCUUCAGCUGUCACAUUCACAGUGACACGGUAAUGGACCAAACAAAAGGACCUGUAGCAUCAUUAAUUGAAGACAUCAGAACGGUUCCAUUUUACUGAAGAACACUAUUGGACAUGGAUGAAGAAACUGCUGCUCACCACUUACUUUUUACACUGCAGCUCGACAAACCUCUGCUCCUAAUAGUAGUGAGGUGGUAAUGCCUAUGUUAUCAAAUUAAAUAUGUACACAUACAAAACUGCACUCUAUGUACAGUGUACUCUCUAUUUCCAGUUGCUGUUGACGUGCACCGAUCGUUAGUGUGGCCUCGUCGUAGGUCAUCUCUGUACCGACAUCUUAGGUACUUCAUACUAAACACUGUUGACAACAUGCCCAGUUGAGUAAUACCAUUACAGAAACAUUUGGACACAGAAAUGAACACCACCUAGUUGUAUAAAAAACUAAAAAUGUCAUAGAGGAACACGAGGGGGAUGGAUGAACACAAGUAGCAUCACUUCGAUAAUCUGAACUGCGAGGCUGAGGGGGUGACAGUUGUCUAGGCUAGGGAACGGCGGUUGCCCUGAGAGUAAUGAGGGAGACCGUGACCAAGAUGAAAUCAGUGACAAGGAAAAAGAAGCAGAGCGACUUGUUUUGGUUCUGCAUUACCUCAGUGUUUCUUUUUUUGUCUAUGAAAAAGCAUAGCUUAUUAUUAUUAUAAUAAAUGUGGGUGAAGUGACAUCCACUAUUGUUACUAUCAUAAUUUCCCAGUUGAUUACUCUUAUUGCUGGUCUAUAAGUAUUACAGUUAUGACUUAUUACUGUUGUUUUAAAUAUAAUGAUACAAGUGUUUUGAUCUGUAUCCUGCAUCCUUACUAUAUUACUACGCUGUCCUCAUUAUUUUCUCUUCUAGAAUAUUGUACAACUCAUGCCUGCUCAGCACCACUCCCACUUCCAUUUCUCUAUACUAGACUAUUUGACAUUCCAGGUGUAGCAUCAGAACUGUGGUUGGAUGAGGUUAAAUCCUGGCAGGUGUCUGGGCGUAGCUAACGUAUUGAUGGUACUGGAGAUGCAUGCGGGACCCGGCUCUUUACGGACUGAAUAGGAAAACUUAGGGUUUCGUGGAAAGAAGUUGGCAACAAGGCACCGCAGGUUACUUUUGUUUUUUGAAAUUAUUUUUGAAAUAUUUGUCAAGUUGAUGCAAAGGUGUGAAGUGAAACAGCCUAAUGGUCACACGAGAAUGCCAUCUGCCUCCCCCUUAUGUCUUUGGGAGUGUUAUAGUCCAAUAUAUAUUGAAGUCACUGCCUUAAGCUUUUUAAGUUACAGGAAGUGACCGACAGAUGUCUAAAUCCCGUCUUUGUCUAUUAUUAUUUGUCAUAUACUUUUUUUUCCAGCUAUUGUUUGUUUUUUGUUUCCAAAGAUUCUCUGAAAGCACAUUUUUUUGGGGUCAAGUGUUUAUUGUACAUUUAUUGUACUUUUCAUGAUUGUUGUUCAUGCUGUUAUUUUAACUCUCAUUCUAUUUUAUGGUGGGUUCAGGGAGCGUCCUUUCAGUGUGCAUGGGGAUGUUUCAGGGCAUCCUGUUCUGGAAGGUGUCAUCUGAGCAGCAAAGAGAGAAGAUAAGGGGCAACGUUCAUUUAUUAGCAAAAUUUGCUAGUCACAAAUUGGUAGAAUUUAAACCAAUAUAAAGAUGGCGUCGAGCAAUGUUAGCCUUUUAAAAACAGGGACAAGACAGGUGAAUGUGUGAGGGGUUAGGGUAAUGUAGUUGAAAAGGCAAUCGAAAAAUGUUGGUGUACAGAGAACAUUUUGGAUUCCACAGAAGAUUAUUUGACAUUUUCAUAAAAAAGUCAGAUUGGUAACAGAUCAAAACUUUCUAUUUAACACAAGUUCAAAAAGCCCCGCCCUGCCCAAGCCGCCUUUAUCCGAUUGAAAGUGAUUGUGUAGUUCAGGGAUGUUGUAAGGAACCAGGUGGACGGGUGAGCCAUAAAGCAUCUGUUGACAUGACCAUGUUAUUAGCUGCUUUAUUAGGGGUCAGUUCGAAAAGGCGACCAGGCGAAGUUCAUGAUCAUAGUGGAGAGGGACAGUGCAGCUGCAGUAGUUAUUCUGUUGACUAUUUAUGACAUAAUAUCAUGAUAAGAAGAAAUUUCAAACUUUUCCAAAAAAAAAGAAAAA